AAUAAAUAUGCUCAGCCAUUCCUGGCGAUCCAAGACUGUCCGCCUCUCUAAGCUUUCUCAGAGGCCUAAAACCUCCAAAAUAUCUUCUCUAAUGUCUUCCAUCCAAAAAUCUCGUGAAUCUCGUAACGACUUCAACACCCAAUACUCCCAACUGUCCUCUUCCAAAAUUGACAUCACUCUGCGUGACAUCUGGGUUGACUACAGUAACUUCAAGAAAGCCUACCUGUAUCACCCAAAACUUGACUAUGAGGAGAAGACAGUAGUUGACCCAACGAAAUUUUCACUAGUGGAUUAUAUGAAGACUUUGUUGGCUGAUCAGAGGCCAGAGAGCAAGUUUAAUGUGCCGACGUUGACUAAGAUGUUUAGUUUUGGGAUUAAGUUAUGUAUCUUUUUGGUGGUGUGGAAGUUGGUGCUGAAGAAAGUUGUGUGGAAGGUGUUUCAUUUGGAUAAUCCGUAUGAUAUUAAGGUGAUUCGGGAGAAUAGGAAGAAGCUGGAGGAGGUAUAUGGGGUUAAUGAGGAGCAACAGGUUGAUAAUGUGAGGAAGAGGUACAGAGAAGGGGUUAAGAAGGUUCAGUAGAGGAUUUGUGAAGAGAGGUUGAUGGGAUUAAGAGAAUCUUUGGUGACAAGAGCUUAAAUAAAUUGAACCAUUUCC